CGAUGAAUGUGAGAUAUCAGCUGGUUUGAUUCCAUUCUCAUCCCCUUGAUCUUCUUUCACACCAAGUUUUCGAAGAACCAGCACCAUACCCUUUCUGCCAUACUCGUGUGCCCAAAACAUUGGUCCUCUUCCAUCUGAACUGCGAACAUGCGCAACUUCAGGGAAAGAAGAAAGCAGUGACAUAAAUUCAUCAACUUCGCCGUUCUUGAUCGUUUGCCACAAUAAUCCGGUCUGCGGGGUAUCAGACCACUCCUUGUUAAUCUCUUCAAUGCGAUCGUCUGCAAUUCGCUUAAAAUUUGGUUUAUCUUCAGGGGGGGGACGUCCUUUUUUCCUGCGAGAAACAAACGAAACAAAAAAAAAAACGUUGAGAGCACGUGAUGAAAAAAAUUGCUUUCUUUCGCUUCGUGCAACGUCCAAUACUUACUUCAAAUUCUCAAAGUAUUGUUUUUGAUACUCAUCAUCACCUCCUUCCCGGUUGAAGUCUUCCAAUUGAUCAAAGUCUCUCUUCUCUGCAAGAAUUUUUUCCAGAGCAGGCGGGUACUGUCCAGGACAGUACCAGGAACCAGGCGCAUCGCACACACGGUUGUUCUCCACCCAUUCCUUCGAUUCCUUCGAUACCGACAAAAUUUUGUAAAUGCGGACUUUACCAUACUUGCUGCGGAAAACUUCUUUCCAACGAUUUGGAUCAGCUUCCACUCCGUCUACAAUCCGAUUACUAAUAAGCUUAUACAACAAACUUUCACCGAGUUGCUUGCUUGGCACUCCACCCCUCUGUUAUCGAAUGAAGAAAGACCAAAUUACAAAUCAAGUGUAAAUUACAGGAUGUUGGAGAACAUACUCUGGUCAAUUUAAAGAGAUAUUCAAAAACUUACUUUCAUACUGAAGGAGCGGCAUGUCGGCUCCGAACAGAGUCCUCUAUAGACAGAAUUUGCGAUUCGCUUCAGAUGAGGACUCUUUGCCACGUCGUCACCGCCACCUCCCGCCCAGACCAACACAUAAUCUGCGAGAUGACGAGCGAUACGGUGCGCAUCCUUUUCCGGUCCUGUCAAAAUUCGUCCCAAGAGAGCGAUAUGUUCAUGAUUCCACGUGUUGCCAUCAGCAAUUGUGGUUCUAUUUGCGAUACCAGUGAUCUGAUACCCGUAGUCCCACCAUGCCAUGAUGCGUGCAUCCUCAGGAGUAUUAUCGCGUACCCAGAAGUAGGCUUCUCGGUAAUCAUCGACAGUUACAACUUCGCCUGUGUGCCGGUUCGUACCCUUGGUAAUAAUUGUCGGAUGACUAAUCUGCUUUGCAAUUGCAUGGCAGACAUCAUCGAAAUUUUUGGCUACAGGCAUAACAUUGAGGGUUAGAUAGAUCCCCAUUCCCACACGAACACAACGAACCCAAAGGGGAUCAGAUGGGUUGAUCGGCUUCGUAGUCUUUGAAUAGACUGCCUCUGUCUUUUUCAAAGGCUUCUUUUUUGUUUCCUUGCUGCUUUUGCCUUUGUUCUUCUUUUUCUUCUUGGUGUCGGGGACGACAUCGUCGAGCCAAGAAUCAUCUGCUUCAGGUUCUGAAACGACAGCUUCCGGCUCAGCAAUUUCUUGCGACAGAAUUGACUCCAGAGUUGGACGGUGGUCUCCGAAAAUUCCCCCAAUACACCAGGCCCAGACAUAAGCCAAACAGAUUCCACCGCAAAUACUGGCAAUGGGUGCCGCAAGCAAGAUGAGGCGUACCAUUUUGAGACUGAAAAAGUACGCAGCAAUACCAUAAACAAACAAAAAAGAACUAGCUGGCGUGCAUCCGAUUAGAGUGACGAUGCCAAAUCCCAAUGGUGCCAAAUAGCAAACAACAUUCAAGUACUGAAAGUAUGCUUCACUCGAUGCGGCUUGGUGCUCUGCGACAGAGUCAACUAACGGGUUUCCAGUCUUGGUGUGCUUCACAAAUAGACCUCUCACACGCGAAGAAAUUGGACCGAAGUAUCCAGUACUGAAUAAAUAAAUUACUACCGGCAGUGCUGCGAUUCCAAAAGCGGCAGCAACUCCUGCUCGCACUGUCCAUUUAUUCAUGUCAGGAAAUUUCUUUUCGCAAAGUUUCAUCAACAUUAAGGCUUGCAUACCAACAAAAACUCCGAAUGGACCAAGCUGUUCCAAAGAUUUGAUCGGAGUCCAACCGACAACAGGAACUUGCAUAGCCAAAAAUGUUCCUACCGUAUAAAAGCUUGUGUAUGAAAAAUACAAGUGAUCAAACGGUAACUUGCGCAGCAGUAGAUUGACCAAGGCAUGGAUGCCAACAAGGUUGAUGACAAAAACAUAUCCUCCCCACGUUGCUACCAUGUAAAAAUACAUUACACCCGAAAAUGCACCAAAAGCGAUCGCUCUCGUGGUAUUGGCAGAGGAUAAGGUACAGACCCAACACAAGAAAGUCAGUUGCAUGGCAAAAGUGGCCACACUCUCAUUAUCGUAGCCACCACCCACACUGCGAAGCAAGUGGGCAGGUAUAAUGGCCAUGAUCAUAGCAGUGAAAGUAGCAGCUUCCAAGGCAGGCGGAUUUUUUUGAGAGGCUAGACCCCAAUUCGAACCUGUGUAUUGGAUUAGUAGCUUUUCGACAAUGCGUACCAGAGGUAUUACGAUGCCGGUUGUUAGCUGUGAUACCACCGGGAUAUCUGUCAACAAACUCUUACUUCUCGAAGUCUUUCCGAUCGAUGAAACUGCAGUAUAGCACAGGGCAGCUGUGGUCAUCGUUGCCAAAACUCCAAACCAGACCGGGACGUAACAACAAAUGUCAUUGAUCGACCAGUCAGGCAAGAAGAACAUCUUAAUCCAGACACUAGUAAAUUGCAUGCCAGGGUAAAUGGUGGUUCCCACCGGCCGUCCCAAAGGAUACCACGACAUAUAAUCGAACCACUUGAAAAAUCUGGAAGAACCAUUUGACCACAAAUACUAUCGUUUUCCAUAAAAGAAUUUCAACAAU